AUGUUGCACAAAGUUAAAAAUAUUGUUAAUUUAUCAGCAAGAGGAAUUUCUUUGCUGAGUAAAAAUUAUAAAAAAUUUGAAAUAGCUGAUAAUACGGAAUUUGUAUCAAAGGUAAUGAAUAGUAGUGUACCAGUUAUUGUUAAUUUUCAUGCUGAAUGGUGUGAUCCAUGCACAAUAUUAACACCAAAAUUAGAAGAAUUAAUUGGUCCAAUGGAUGAUUUAAAUUUGGCAAUUGUUAAUGUUGAAAAAAAUCCAGAAUUGGUACAUACAUUUGAAGUUAAAGCAGUACCAGCUGUUAUUGCUGUAUCAAAUGGUCUUGUUGUUGAUAAAUUUAUUGGUCUUGUUGAUGCAAAUAUGAUUGAAAAUUUAAUUAAAAAAUUGAGAAAUCAAAAACCUGAGGUUGUUGAUAACAAAUCUUAG